AUGUCAAAGGUUGGUGAGAAGGUUGGUAAUGUUUUAUCUAAAGAUGAGGAGUUUCGGCGUGCUUUAAAUGAUGUUGUUUGGAAUGAGACGUUGUCUGUGGACAAGUUUGAGCGGGGUUCGCAGGACGUAAUGGAAAAAUAUAGCCUUGGUGAUCACCGUUGGUUUCGUCUUAUGUAUGAUCAGAGAUCAUUUUGUAUCCCUGUGUCUUUUAAUGAUGUUUUCAUGGGUGGUUUGCUGCGCACGACAUCUAGGUCUGAAGCUGCGAAUAGUGUGUUUGGUAGUUGCACAAACCAACAUACUAGUUUGUCUGAGUUGUUCAACAAUUUUGACGGAGCUAUUGAUGCCCAACGUGUGUCACAAGCCAAACUAAAUGCAGAACGUGAGGGCCAUUUUCCUUUGUGCCAAACACCAUUGUUGAUUGAGAAUCAUGCGGCUGCAGUAUAUACUAUCAAUGUUUUUUACGAUGUUCAAGCCGAGGUUGUUGCAGGGUCUUUUUCGUGUCGUUCUGUGAGUUCAAAUGUUGAUGGGAUGGUAACCCGUUAUGAGGUUCAAGAUGGUGAUGAGUUGGUCCACACUGUCAUUUACGACCCUGCUAAUACUGUUGUGGAGUGCACGUGUAACUUGUUUACACGGGUGGGGUUACUUUGUUGUCAUAUUUUCUGGGUUUUUAAGGACCGUAGGGUUGAUUCUAUCCCUUCUUGGUAUGGUAUCAUAUUGGUUCCAUUUACUGGUGUUGAUAAUCACAAAAGAGGCGUCACAUUUGCAAUUGGACUCUUAUGUUUGGCUUUUAUUGUGAGGAUGUGGACUCUUAUGUUUGGCUUCUAG